ACACACAGAAAAAAAAGAAAAAUGUGACACACUGUGAGCGUGUGAGAAGAGAGAGAGAGAGAGCGACGACAGUAAAACAAACGAGUAUAUUCGUGAAACUGGUGCUUUUAUUCAAAGGUAGAAUAAUACUUGACUCACCCUUCAGUUGAAAUGUUGCAACUCGCUUAAUCUUUCGUGAUUUUAUUCAAAGCCAGUUUGUGCUGUUCAACAGAAACUCGUUUUAAUGAAAAGAGAGCCCAAACGAAAGAGAAAAAACACGAACAUGUCUUAAUUUAUUUUAAAAGAAUAUAAUUUAAGUUUUGUUAAACGUAUUCCAAGAAAAUUUAUUUUAUUAUUAACUUUAAAACUUAACGAAAUAUUAGAAAGUAUGUACGAAUGUUUCUACCCCCUGUAAGAACUGCAAGAUCCUAAUAUCAACCCAUGUUUUGCGAUUGAUCGUCACUUCUUUGCAUCGUAACUCAAAGAAAGUAGAUGAUUCAUUGUUGGAUAAUUUGUGUUUUGUGAUUUUCGUGUGUUUUCUUCCGUUUAAGUGGAUCUGAGUGUUUUGAAAAGAAAGAAGACCAUCAUUCGAUCUCAGAUUAUAACUGAGUACAUCGAUGUUUCAUUUAUAUAUGCUGUUUAUUUAACGACUUUUUCAUUAACUCAAACUGUAUAGCACCAAGGGAACGUCAAACACUUCCUAAACAAUAUUAAAUAAUAAGAAACAGAAGAUUAACCAGUCAACAAUGAAGUAUUCACGGAAGACAGUGGAGUUAAUUUCUCUUAUCCUGGCCUUCAUUUCAACAAGAGCACGAGGUUUGAAGCUGGUCAGUCUGAAAGUGCCGCCCGCGGCCGAUAUCUUUCAGCCGGUGACUCUGAUCUGUGAAUACGACCUGGAGAGUAGGAAACUCUACUCAAUCAAGUGGUACAAGGACGAGUGCGAGUUCUUCCGGUACAUGCCUGACUACGAACCGCAGAGUCAGGCCUUCCCCACACCUGGAAUCACACUAGACUUGCGGCAAUCUGACAUGAAUAAGGUGACCAUGAUCAGCCUUCAGUUCAACACAAGCGGCAAUUAUAAAUGCGAAGUUUCGACAGAGGCGCCGAAUUUUGAAACUGUGGCUCAGAGCUCCAACAUGACAGUUAUGGCUUUCCCGGCAGAGGACCCAAUGAUUGAAGGCGUACUGACAGCGUAUUCAGUAGGUGAUUACGUCACUGCGAAUUGCACAUCGGGAAAAUCAAAUCCUCCAGCCGUCCUCGCCUGGCAAAUCAACGGCGUAAAGGUGGACACGUGGGUCUGGGAGUACCGUGACGGAGCCGACGAGACGGACUCGCAAGGACUACACACCAAGACAGUGGGGCUGCACUUCCAGAUCCAGAACGAGCACUUCACGAGUAACAGGGGGAGCCUCAUUCCCAGGAUGGAGAUCCGCUGCUCGGCCACCGUAGGAGGCAGGACUCGGCACAAGGCCGUGUUCCCCAGCCUCGCAAGGGCCCUCACUUCUAAUAAACUGGCGCAGGAGGGCUUCCGGAACUCUGCAGGUUUAUUGGUGAUGUCAUCGCUGAACAUUGUUUUUGUGUUGAUUGCGUCAUUCCGUAUGGUGUGUUCAUCCUGACAUUAGAGCGAAUGCAAGAUGAGAAGUAAAAUUUGUGAGAUCAUCAUUUCCAGUCGCACCAAGUUGUAUACAUAAUCAGCUAAUUCCCUUCCACAACAAAAUAACAAGAGUACAUAUGAAUGGUGUUCAUGGAAUGUGUUGUAUUGUUUUAACUGAGCUAAAACCCAACAACAAAAAUUCAGUGCUAGAAUUUUUUAGUGCGUGAAGAACGUGUUUUUGGUGAAGGGAAUGAAUGUGUUGUGUGGUUUCUAAUCAAAUACUCAAGAUAAUCAAGUGAUAUUCCAUAAGAUGAAUUUAAAAUAUGCCCAUUAUUUGUAAAUAUGUGUUUUUAUAGGAAAGAAGAAGAUUCAUGAAUGAAAAAAAAUAUUUGUUGUGUGAAAUCAACAGCCUCUUGAAUAAGCUCAGAAUACAUUGAAUUGAUUCUCUCAUAAGGUCAGUGAUAAUAUAUGUAAUUGUUUUAGUUCUGCCUACCAUGUUAGUUCUAGGAUUAAAAGUCAUUUGAUAUUUCUGAAAAUCAAAAUGUUAAACACAUCGUCUUAUAAAAGGACUCUCUUCUAAUAUCCGAACACAGUAGUUUUAGAUAUUGUGUGGAAUAUCACGUAAUUUUGCAGUAAAUUUCAUGUCAAUUUAGUGUUCAAUUUUAAAAUUGUUUAUGUAAAAAUUGAUGCGAUAAUAAGAAAAAAAUUGUUCGCUUUUAAUUCAAUGUUUA